AUGGCGCAAAGGUACGAUGAGUUGGCCCAUUACGGAGGCGGCAUGGACGGAGUUGGCGUCCCGACAUCCAUGUACGGAGACCCGCACGCCCCGCGGCCGCUGCCCCAGGUCCACCACCUGAACCACGGGCCGCCCCCGCAUCCCACUCAGCAUUACGGGGCCCACGCGCCGCACAGCAUCAUGCCAGGCAGCAUGGGCAGCGCAGUCAACGACGCGCUGAAAAGAGACAAGGACCAGAUUUAUGGCCACCCUUUAUUCCCGCUUCUUGCGCUCGUGUUCGAGAAGUGCGAGCUGGCGACGUGUACGCCCAGAGAACCGGGAGUGGCGGGCGGAGACGUGUGUUCCUCUGACUCCUUUAAUGAAGACAUAGCGGUGUUUGCAAAACAGAUUCGCGCAGAGAAACCCUUAUUUUCAUCAAACCCAGAGCUGGAUAACUUGAUGAUUCAAGCCAUCCAAGUGCUGCGCUUUCAUCUCCUCGAAUUAGAGAAGGUCCAUGAGCUGUGCGAUAACUUCUGCCAUCGGUACAUCAGCUGCCUGAAAGGCAAAAUGCCUAUCGACUUGGUCAUCGAGGACCGGGACGUCUGUAAAUCGGACUUUGAUGACCUGUCAGGAUCUUCUACCAACCUUGCAGAUCAUAACCCAGCAUCCUGGAGAGACUUGGAUGACGCCCACUCCACACCCUCGGUAGGAACCCCGGGACCGUCCAGCGGGGGACACGUCUCUCAGAGUGGAGACAACACCAGUGAACUCGGAGACGGCCUCGACAACAGCCUAGCGUCACCGGGCACAGGAGACGAAGAUGACCAGGACAAGAAGAGGCAGAAGAAAAGAGGCAUCUUCCCUAAAGUUGCCACAAAUAUAAUGAGAGCAUGGCUAUUUCAGCACCUUACACACCCGUAUCCCUCAGAGGAACAGAAGAAACAACUUGCACAAGACACAGGCCUCACCAUUCUCCAAGUCAACAACUGGUUCAUCAAUGCAAGGAGGAGAAUAGUCCAGCCUAUGAUUGACCAGUCCAAUAGAGCAGGUGAAAUUAUGGAGCCACUAGUGAGUCAGGGUACAGCUUAUAGUCCAGACGGCCAGCCUAUGGGAGGCUUCGUCCUUGAUGGACAGCAGCACAUGGGUCUCCGACCGGGAGGUCCAAUGGGGGGUAUGGGUAUGAACAUGGGCAUGGACGGACAAUGGCACUACAUGUAA